AAAUCACGAAAUAUCACAAGGAGCGAGGGGGGUGUAGUAAUAUAUUACGUGAUUUGUGUGGAGGGGGGGAGGUAGUACUUCACCAAGUAUCACCAAGGGGGGGGGGGGGGGUUAAUAAUUCUGUAAAAACAUCACGUGGUUAAUGGACGGCCCCUAAGAUAAAAAUAUUAGAUACGUAUUUUUUUAUUACUUCAAUUUAAGAAGGUAGGCAUUCAAGUUGAGGAGAGAAGCGUACCGAGUGAAAGAGAUGUGUAAUGCCGGGUCAUUGUACGAAAUUGUCUCUGUUCGGCGACCGCGCUAUAGUAGUUAUACAUGUGUAUCCUACAAAUAUAUAGAAAAGUGUACCAUGUUUUGUUUAUGUCACUGCUCUGGUACAUAACAUGACUUAAAAGCAAAGACUGUCUGUACUUUACUCUCAUUUUGUUACAUUCCAGCCGAACGGUGUAAUAAUUGACAGCGGUGUGGGUGGAGGAGUGGUGGGCAGUGGGGACGCGGGCGUGCAUCGUCCACCGGUAUAUCCCCUACACAUCCCCCGAGGACAUAUACCUGCCGGUUACGUGAUGGCGGGCGCUUUCUAUCCGCCCGCGGGGGCCUACCCGGUGCAGCCGCCGCCGCACGACGACUUCGAGGACUACAUGUGGAUGGAGAACGAGGAGGAGUUCGACAAACAGGUGAUGCAGCAAUUGGAAGAAGAAGCUCUAAUGGAACAAUGCAUUGAAGCUAUGCUGGAAGACGAACAGAGGGAGAGAAACAGACCGAAUGCCAACGGACACACACAGUAUCCAACAACGAGUAAUGGUACAGGGCUAUCGUUAGAAGAGACAGUUUCACGUUCCACAUUGAAUCCUUUGGCCGCUGAGUUUGUGCCCACAGCGAGAGUUCAACCGCCAGCUGCCGAAGAAAGAAUAGAGACGGUAGAAGUUCCACCGGUGGAGUCAGUGAAAACUCCUGAAGAAUCACAACCACAAUCGAAUGUAGAGAACCAGGACAGUGUGGAUGCAACCGAUCAUAAGCCUGAAGUCACAGCAGAAUCACCAACACAAGAAACACCAGAAGUCAGUGCGGCAGAUAUACAAAUAGACAAAGACAAAAGACCGAAAGACAAAGACAACAAGAAAGAUACUAAACCCAAAGUAGACGCUAAGAAGACCAACGUUAAAGCAGAAAUUAGAGCUAAAGUCAAACCACAGGCGGUUAAAUCGGAACCUAAAGUGACGCAGAAGAAGAAAGAGCCUACGAAGAGUGUGAAGAGUGAAGUGAAAGUGGAAGAGAAGACGGAAUCUCCGGUCACGGAAACGGCUAAGCCCCAACAGUCCAAUGCCGAAGAAACGUCCACAACCGGAUUCAAACCUAUCAACUAUGCGGCCGCUGCCCGUGCCACUAAACCUAAGAAACCUUCCACCCCACCAGCGGAUAUAACCCCCACCACGACCAAACAAGACAAGGACAAGAAACCGGAGAGGAAAACAGAGAAACCGACACCCAAACCGGAUAAAGUUACCCAGAGAAAGAACUCUAUGAAGUAAGUCUUUGGAAUUAUUGGUUUGAUUAUGUCGAAAUUAUUAGAAAUAUAAAAUGUACAAAGCUAUCUUAAAAAUAAUUGAUUUGGAUUCUCUAUUAUAAUGUACAAUAAUUUUGUUUUUUCCCUCUGCAUAUAUAGUUAAAAAUUAGUGAUAGUCUUAUUUCAUUAAGUAAGCAUUUUCAUGUAGUUAAGUUGUUUAAAAAAAUAUAUACUUUACAUAUAUUAGAAACAAAAAUAAAUUGCUUAUAAAAAUUUUAAUACAAAAAAAAAUUGUGUACCCAUUCUUUUAAUUUUAUGAGAGAUAAGUAGUUUUUUAUUUCUUUCAGCAUUGAGUAGCCUACGUAUUUUAUUUCUGUAAUAAAUAGCUUGGGGAUUUUUAUGUUGUCUCUCUAAUGGCAACACUGUGUGUUAGUGUAAUGGCAACAUUGAGACUUUGAAAAUAUUACCAGUAUUGAUAAAUUUUGUUUUAAUUUCUUUUUUUCUAUAUAUUUGGUUGGUGAUUUUUUAAAGAAAUUCUGAUUAGUGAUAAUGUUGACUAUUUCAUUUAAAAUAAGGGUAUUUUAGCUGAACGCAAUGAAAAUUAUCGGUUCAUUUAAUAUAUAAUCACCCAAGUUUAGGGGUAAAAUAUUAACAUGGCCUAUCCUGAAAGAGGGAAAUUAUAUUAAACAAUACAAGUUUUCGUUUUAAGAUUAUUAUAAUUGUAAUAUAGUAUAAAAACAUAAUAGCAUAUGUCGUUCGGCAAUUUUGAAUGGUAGUGAAUACAUUAUUUUUCUUAGAUUAGUCGUGUGUUGUUUUACGUCAAGAUAUGCAGGGUUGCUAGUGGUGAAAAACUACCGUUUUGGUAGAAAGUUGUUUGUUUCUUUUUCAUUAUUAUUUUUUAAUCUGAUGGUAAUAUUACUACUUUAUUGGUCGAUUAGAUUAUUUUUUUUUUGAAUUUAUAUAAUAUUUAGUUUUAACUUUUAAGACUAGUUGAAUCAAUAAAUUUGUUUUACUAAUGUAUAAAUAUGGUACUCAAAGCAAAAUAAGGCUCACUCAAUUUUUUUAAUAUUAUUUAAAAUCAAUAUUGGAGUAAAAGGUU